AUGAGCCACCGCCAGCACAAUGAACUGAAGAACACCAAUCCAUUGCUUGGCGACCGAUGGCCAACCGGAGGGACCACCCGCAGUGGAGUCCCUGGUUGGCUCAGCGGCAGCACCGACAAGCUCACAAGCACUUACGAUUUGGUGGAGCAGAUGUACUACCUCUAUGUGCGAGUCGUCAAAGCCAAAGACCUUCUAAGCAACCCCAUCACCAUGAAUUGUGAUCCUUACAUUGAGGUGAAGCUGGGCAACUACAGAGGCACCACCAGGCACUUUGAUAAGAAGACCAACCCAGAGUGGAACCAGGUGUUUGCAUUCUCCAAGGAGCGCAUCCAAUCAUCACUACUGGAAAUCUUUGUAAAGGAUAAGGAGAUGGUUGGAAGAGAUGACUACCUGGGGAAGGUGGUGUUCGAUCUCAAUGAAGUGCCCACCAGAGUUCCCCCUGACAGUCCCUUAGCCCCCCAGUGGUAUCGGCUGGAGGAUCGCAGAGGGGAAGGGAAGGUUAGGGGGGAGGUCAUGCUCGCAGUUUGGGUUGGGACACAGGCAGAUGAAGCCUUCCCAGAGGCAUGGCACUCUGAUGCAGCUUCCGUCCAUGGGGAAGGAGUAGUCAACAUCCGCUCAAAGGUCUAUGUCUCCCCGAAACUCUGGUACCUCAGAGUUAAUGUCAUUGAAGCCCAAGAUGUUCAACCAAAUGUCAGGGGCCGGGCACCUGAGGUCUUUGUGAAGGCCCAAGUUGGUAACCAGGUGCUCAAAACGAAGAUAUGCCAAACGGCGACACUAAAUCCACUUUGGAAUGAAGAUCUCAUAUUUGUGGCGGCAGAGCCAUUUGAAGAACAACUAGCCCUCACCGUCGAAGACCGUGUGAGCCCAAGAAAGGACGAUGUGCUGGGAAGGGCAUCACUGCCAUUGACACUGUUUGAGAAGAGGUUGGAUCACCGUCCGGUGGUUCAUUCACGGUGGUUUGACCUGGAGAAGUUCGGAAUAGGAAUCUUGGAAGGUGAAACAAGAAGAGAGCUCAGAUUCUCCAGCAGGAUCCACCUCCGAGUUUGCCUCGAGGGAGCUUAUCAUGUGAUGGAUGAAUCAACAAUGUACAUUAGUGAUCAACAACCCACAGCUCGCCAGCUCUGGAAGCCACCGGUCGGCAUCUUGGAGGUUGGAAUCUUGGGUGCAAAUGAGCUACUUCCAAUGAAGAUGAGGGAAGGCCGAGGAGCCACUGAUGCUUACUGUGUUGCAAAGUAUGGGCAGAAGUGGAUCCGGACAAGAACCAUGGUCGGCACAUUCGCUCCAACCUGGAAUGAGCAGUACACCUGGGACGUGUUCGACCCAAGCACAGUGAUCACCAUUGGUGUCUUUGACAAUUGCCACCUUGGUAGCAGUGACCGGCACGGUGGAGGUGGACCUGCUUCAAGAGAUUCAAAGAUAGGGAAGGUCAGAAUCAGACUCUCAACACUUGAAACCGACAGACUGUAUAGACAUACGUACCCCCUGAUCGUCCUCCAAUCUUCAGGAGUGAAGAAAAUGGGAGAGCUUCAGCUGGCCAUACGCUUCACCUGCCUGUCACUUGCCAACAUGAUUUAUCUCUAUGGCCAUCCACUGCUUCCCAAGAUGCAUUACCUGCACCCGUUCACAGUGAACCAACUGGACAGCCUCAGGUACCAGGCAAUGAACAUUGUCGCUGCGAGGCUCGGAAGGGCAGAGCCACCACUGCGGAAAGAGGUGGUGGAGUAUAUGCUGGAUGUGGAGUCUCACAUGUGGAGCAUGAGGAGGAGCAAGGCCAACUUCUUCAGGAUCAUGUCGCUGCUCUCAGGUCUGAUCAGCAUGUUCAAGUGGUUCGGCGAUGUGCGCCACUGGAAGAACCCAAUCACAACCGUGCUAGUUCAUGUGCUACUCCUGAUACUGGUCUGGUACCCGGAGCUGAUUCUACCAACUAUAUUUCUGUACAUGUUCAUGAUCGGGCUUUGGAACUAUAGAUUCAGGCCAAGGCACCCACCUCAUAUGGACACCAAGCUAUCAUGGGCGGAGGCUGUGCAUCCGGAUGAGCUCGAUGAGGAAUUCGACACCUUCCCAACAUCGAAGCCCCACGACGUAGUCCACAUGAGGUAUGACCGGUUACGCAGUGUGGCUGGGAGGAUACAAACUGUGGCAGGAGACAUGGCAACACAAGGGGAGAGACUCCAGUCACUGUUGAGCUGGAGGGAUCCAAGAGCUACUUGCAUGUUUGUGGUGUUCUGUCUAUGCGCAGCUGUGGCGCUGUACAUUGCGCCCUUCAGGUUGGUGGCUCUCGUUGCUGGCCUCUACAUGCUCCGCCAUCCCAGAUUCCGCAGCAAACUGCCCUCAGUGCCCAUCAACUUCUUCAGGAGAUUGCCAUCUCGGAUUGACAGUAUGCUCUAAGAGGGUAUGGUAUCUGGAGCUCACCAAUUUGUGAUUUGUGAUUUGAAUUUUCGUAACAUGUUGUGUUGCAUUACGUCCACUUGAUUUCAGUAAGACGAUGCCUUUUAUCUUCAA